AUGAGGAAUCAGGUAACUUUGUGGAUGAGGAAUCAAAUGAACAACUUUAACAAGCUGUUGAUGAUGGAAUCAGUCUGCUUGGCCAAAGCUUUUGGCUCUGCUGCCAAUAUGAUUGCCACUUCUCUCGACUCCAGAGAAAUGUUAACGAAGAAAUAUUCGAGUGCAAACUCAAACUUGAUAGAGCUGGAGAAGCGUGGAUGUACAAUUGUGCAUGGAGUAGAUGCCAAUACCAUGAGCCAUCACCCUCUUUUACGUGGCAAAUCAUUCGAUCGAAUUAUCUUUAAUUUUCCUCAUGCAGGUUUCUUUUUCAGGGAACAUGACUCUCUACAAAUUGGGAUGCAUCAAACUCUGGUGAGAGGCUUUCUAAGCAGUGCAAGGAACAUGCUGAAGGAAAAAGGGGAAGUUCAUGUAACCCAUAAAAUCGCUGAUCCAUUUGAUAGGUGGGAGAUAGAGAAAUUAGCAACGGAAGUAGGGCUGUUUUUGGUUGGAAAAGCAUGGUUUUACAAAUCGGAUUAUCCAGGUUAUGAAAAUAAGAGAGGCUCUGGGCACAAAUUCAAUAAGGGUUUUCCUGUUGGUUUAUGCAUGACAUUCAAAUUUGCUAAGGCAUCAGAAAAUGAGCAAUAA